AUGUCACAAUUAAUAGUAAUAGUAGUAGCUGUUUUAGUACUUUUAUUGUUUUAUAUUGGUACCAUUCAUUGUCAAUCCUAUCCCAUCCAAAAUUCAUAUGUUUGGCCAACUUCAAAGGGAGGGAACGGGCAUGGAUACACAGUCAUGUCUGAAAGGACUUCAAUUUCAACGACCAUGAAAGAUUGUGAAGAUUUGAGUAUAGGAAGCAGUACUGUUAUCUCAUAUCUAAUUACACUUGAUUCAAAACAAGAAUGGGAUUAUGUUAACGGUUUUUGGUCAAUAGUAUGGGUAUCUUGUAGAGACUUUGGAGGGAAUGGUAAUUAUUCAUAUUCAAGUGGACCAGAAAUAAAUCAACCACUAUUUAAUAUGUAUACUGGUCAAUGUUGGGGAUAUUGUCCAUUCCAAGCAAGUGACCCCUCGUUAGCUCCAGGUGAGGAAUAUUUAAACACCAGACAGCCUGCUUGGAAUUUUAAAAAUUCCAAAGGAAAUUUACAAGAUUAUACCUACUCAAUAGGAUAUAUUCCAUCAAUUGGUACAAAUGGAGGAUCAAUAACAAUCAACAAUCUAUCACAAUUCAACAUGUCAACUAUCAACAUUACAUUUUUCAAUCCAACCAAACAACUCUCGAAAUCAUGUCAUAUAACAUCAAAACAAGGAACAACAGUCACUUGUAUGGUUCCACCUCUAUCUGGAUUCCAUAAUGUAAUUGUACAAGAUGCUAGUGGAGUCAGCUCAACACACUAUGCAUGGAAACCAUAUCCACCAUUUAUUAAAGCUGUCUAUCCAUCAUUCACUGCUAAUGGAUCGAUUACAUUGAUUGGUGAUAACUUUGGUGAUAAUACAAAUAAUCAAGUAUUUGUAAAUAUCUCAACAUCUGACAUUCCAUGUAAUAUUACUUUUGUAUCGUCAACUCAAAUUAUUUGUCAAUUACAAUCAACUCUUAUUGGAAAUACGAAGUUCCUUCCGAUUUCAAUUUCAGUUGACUCUGUUUAUACUCAAACCUAUAAACCUCAUAUUUUCUGUGACAAUAGAUUCCAUUCAACCAUUCUAUUUGGUGGAGAAUAUUCAAGAGUCAAGCAAUUAAUGAUUGACAAUGUAACAAUGGGUGCAACUCCCAAUGCUCCAUAUAUUGGUGCCAUUGAGUCACAAGAAAUGUAUCAGUGUUUUGGUAAAUCAAUGGAUAUCAUUGAAAAAUUUAGAUUUUGGCAAGGCGUAUCAUUCAACAGUAACAAUGGUAGUUUUACAAGAAAUAAUGGUCCAUUCAAAAGAACACUAUCUCCAUUGUAUUAUAAUUCUACUGUUGCUCCAAAUAUGACACAAUCAAAUAAUAUUAUUUAUAAUAUUUUUGAUAGAACAUUGUCAUCCAACAUUGAAAAUGUACAAUAUUACACACCAUUGAUUACAUUUUAUACAAGUGAUGCACCAAUUAUUUAUAGUGUAACCAAUAUUAUGCCUGAAACUCAAUCACUUGUUACAAUCAAUGGUAAUCAUUUUGGUCAAGAUCUAUCAUAUGUUUUGGUAUCGAUAAACGAAAGUAUUUCAUCUUCGAUUUAUAAUGUUACAAUCAGAGUUGCUGAAAAAGUGACUUCAAAAGUAGGACCUCUUGGAAAAGAAUGUCUCCACAAUUGCUCGAAUCAUGGAAUAUGUAAUCGAAUCUUUGGUAGCUGUAAAUGUGAUGCUGGUUAUGGAUCAUACUUGGAUUGUUUAUCAUUGGUCACACCAAAUCAGAUCUACAACUCCACAGUUGUUAAUGGAACAUCAAUUCUAUCAACAAAUGAUACUAGUUCUCUUGCUGUCGUCAAUUUUACAAUUGGAAUUCAAUUCAUUAGAGAAAUUGAUCAAGAUAAUUCAAUCAUACAAACCAUGUCAAUGGAUAAUGUUACUUGGAAUCAGUUAAAAGUGAAAGUUCAAGUUGGUCGAUCACUUCUCAACUGUAAAAUAGCAAGUAGAAUGAUUAUUGAUAAUGACACAAUCAUUCCAUCAAGAGUUACUAUUCUUCCAAAUGAUGAUCCACUCUUUAAACAAAUCGACAACCGUGUAUACAACCUGUUAACAGUAUUUAACAUCCCACAAUUCUGCAAAUCCGUUGAACUAGAUCCUGCAUUCAACGGAAUUCUUCUUGGUGCAGAUCAAACUGUCGGAGAUGACAGUUAUUGCGAAACUGAUCCGUACCCAAAAUGGAAAAUAAUAAUGAUUGUUGAUUUGUUUCCUAUGCCGUCAUUAGAAUGGCAAGGAAGUGGUACCGUGAGAACCACGGUAACAAUCUCAACAGAACGUUUUUUAGAAACAUCAAUCAAGUUCUCAUACAUCAUCAUAAUAUUGAUACUACAAGCCAAUACAAUAGUUGGACAAGAUUAUGAAUCGAUCAACAAAAAUGUAUUUGUUUGGGACAAAUCAAAAGGUGGCAAUGGUCACGGCUACCUUUUGAAUAUUUCGACUGGCGCUAUAUCAGCUACAGAUGCAUCUGCCUUGUGCUCAGACAUGUCAAAUAGCAAGUUUAAAUCAUACCUGAUGACACUUGAAUCAAAGCAAGAGUGGGACUUUAUCAUUGGCAAUAUUACCAAAAGGAUUAGUUCCUAUCGAGUUUGGACAUCUGGUUCUGAUCUUGAUUCAACAGGCAACUAUAUCUAUUCAAGUGGACCACAAACAAAUCAACCAUUAUUUAAUAUGUAUACUGGUCAAUGUUUUGGAUAUUGUGCAUUUGGAUCUGGUGAACCUUCUUUAGAUCCUUCAGGAGAAGUAUAUGUUUAUACAAGAGGUGCACCUUCAUGGGAUUUUAAUAAUGGAAUAAAUAAUAAUCCAGUAGGCGACCCAGUCCUUAAUACAGUUUGCGAAAUUGAACCUAUUGAAGAAGUGUAUAUUCCAUCAAUUGGUACAAAUGGAGGAUCAAUAACAAUCAACAAUCUAUCACAAUUCAACAUACAAACAAUCAACAUUACAUUUUUCAAUCCAACCAAACAACUCUCAAAAUCAUGUCAAAUAACAUCUAAACUAGGAGCAUCAGUCACUUGUAUGGUUCCACCUCUAUCUGGAUUCCAUAAUGUAAUUGUUCAAGAUGCUAGUGGAGUCAACUCAACACACUAUGCUUGGCAACCAUAUCCACCAUUUAUUAAAGCUGUCUAUCCAUCAUUCACUGCUAAUGGAUUGGUUACAUUGAUUGGUGAUAACUUUGGUGAUAACACUAAUAAUAUAGUAGCUGUAAAUAUUUCGAGAUCAAAUAUUAAAUGUAAUAUUUUACAUGCAACAUCAACUCAAAUUAUUUGUCAACUACAAUCAACUCUUGGAGAUACCAAAUUCCUUCCAAUUUCAAUUUCAGUUGACUAUGUUUAUACUCAAACCUAUAAACCUCAUAUUUUCUGUGACAAUAGAUUUUAUUCAACUAUUAUGCUUGGUACAAAUUUUAGCACAGCUUUGCAAUAUGUAAAUGAUAAAAUUGGGAUGUAUGCUUCUUCAAAUCCACCAUAUAUUGGUGCAAUUGAAACAGAAACAAUGUAUCAAUGUUAUAGUCAGUCAAUCAAUGUACAAGAAUAUUUACCAUACUAUUUGUGGCAAGGUGUUUCAUACAAUAGUAACAAUAGUUUUACAAGGAAUAAUGGUCCUCUCAAAGGAACGCUAUCUCCUAUUUAUUCAGUCAUGUCUAGAAAUAUGGCUCCAGGAAAUAUUGUCUACUAUCAGUUGGAUAGUAGAACGAUUUAUGGAGACUCCAACAUUCCUCUUAAAGCAUCUCUUAUUGUAUUCCCUCUGGUUGAAUCGCCGGUUAUUCAAAAUGUAACCAAUAUUCAAUCUGGACUCUCUUCACUUGUUACAAUCGAUGGUAAUCUUUUUGGCCAAGAUCAAUCAUAUGUUUUGGUAUCAGUAAAUGAAAAACAUUGUAAAUCACCUCGGUUUAUUGGAUAUGGGUUUAGACAAAUGACUUGUUUAUUCGAUGAUUCAAAUGAAUCUGUGUCAAGUAAUAAUCCAGAUUUCAAUAUAACUAUCCGAGUUGGUGAAAAGGUUACAUCAAAGAUUGUUUCUCUUGUAAAGGAGUGUCCAAAUAAUUGUUCCAGUCAUGGAAUAUGUAAUCGAAUAUUUGGUAGUUGUAAAUGUGAUAGUGGUUACGAGUCAUCAUCGGAUUGCUCCGUAUUGGUUAGACCCGAUCAAUUAUUUAAUACAACAAUUCAAGAUGAUGGUAAAUCAACUUUAUCAAUGAACGAAACCAAAGCUGGUAUUGUUGUCAAUUUUACAACUGGAAUUCAAUUCAUUCGAGAAAUUGAUCAAGAUAAUCUAAUUGUUCAAACCAUAUCAAUGGAUAAUGUAACUUGGAUACAAGAUAAUACUACAUCAAGUACUGGAGAAUCAAUAUUUAUUGGAACCGUUUUAGAAAGCUCAAUGAAAUUACAAGUCAAGGUACAUCAAUACAAAGAAUCAAACACAACUAGAUUUGCAGGAGAGGAUAUACAACUAUCACCAAAUUCAAUCAAAUAUAAUAUUAAAAUCACCGAUUGGACUUGGAAAUCACCAAUCAACACACUUCAAGUUAUUUUCUUGUCCAAAUCAGAUUCAGUCAAAGUAGACAAAUGUGGAAGAAAGCAAUCAAAGACUGAAGCAUCUUUUGGUGAUCAAAUAUUAUGGACUAGAGUACAAGUUGGUCGAUCAGUUCUAAACUGUAAAAUAGCAAGUAGAAUGAUUAUUGACAAUGACACUAUCAUUCCAUCAAGAGUAACCAUACUUCAAGACGAUGACCCUCUUUCAAAACAAUUAAACUUGGUCGAGAAACAAGAAUACAAUAUGUUGACAGCAUUCAAUGUACCAAGAUUUGGUCGAUCGGUUGAACUUGACCCAGCAUUUAGUGCACUCAUUGUUGGUGAAAAAGAUCAAAUUAAUUUAGGAGAUGAUAGUCAAUGCUCUGACAUUACCUUUGAAAAAUGGAAAAUCAUUGUCAUUGUAGUAUGUGCGUCAUUUGUUUUAAUCUCAAUCACAGUCGUCAUUGUAUUUGUAACCAAGAAAAAAGUUCAAAUGAAAUUCACAUCAAAAUUAAACAAAAGUUUCCAAAAUUUAAAUAGAAGAGUUACUCAAAUGGUAAUUCCUAGACCAAACAUUCCACCAAAUCAACAACAAAACAACAAUGUACAAUCAAACCCAAAUAAUUUAAAUCCUGUACAAAACAAAAUUUCUGAUUGGGUAUCUGAUAAAUCAAAUAAAUAA